UGUUGCCCCACCUUCCAGGAAGAACUUGAGAGGAAGAGAAAGAGAAACGGUUUAAAAGUCUGAUUUACUGCAGUGUUUGUUCACAUCAAGUGCAGUUCUGAGUCACCAUGGCAUGUAUUUAUGGAGACAUCCUGAAAAUAGACACUACUGGAGCAUCAGAGAUGACAGCAAAACAGGACAAAUUAACUGCAAAGGGUGUUGAAGCAUCUCAAAAACUGGCUGAGAAUGAUCUGGCCCGAAUGGAGAAAUACAAGAGUUUGAUCAUUAAAGUUGGCAAAGCAAAGCAAAUGGAGCCGGCUGUGAUCGCCGCCAUCAUAUCCAGAGAGUCCAGAGCUGGAGCUGUACUGAAGGAUGGGUGGGGUGACAAAGGCAAUGGGUUCGGCCUCAUGCAGGUUGACAAACGCCAUCACAGUCUCAAAGGCACAUGGGACAGUGAGGAGCAUUUCACACAAGGAACUGAAAUACUUAUUAACUCGAUUAAACAAAUCAAAGCAAACUUUCCCAAAUGGACAAAAGAACAAUGCUUUAAAGGAGGAAUUUCAGCUUACAACGCAGGUGUGGGGAAUGUUCGUACAUAUCAAAAUAUGGACGUUGGCACAACAGGAAAUGAUUAUGCUAAUGAUGUUGUAGCCAGAGCCAAGUGGUACAAUGGAAAGGGUUACUGAAGAACAGCUGGUUGAAUCCAGCCCUGCUUGUAUUUUGUGGUUAUUUGUUUAUCUUUUACUAGUUUUUGACCAUUUAAAGAGUAAAAUAAAAAUCUGUGUAAUAACAGCA